GCCACCCGCGCCUGCUCUCGGGCGUUGCGUUUCGGGAUGUGGAGGACUCCAGCAGGUGGGGCGUUCCGUGGAGAGGGCCCCCUUUCCGCUGGAGAAAGAGGAAGAUGAAGCCGUGUCCCUGGCUGCCGGGGGGUGUGGCAGCCUUGGAUUUGCAGCGGCUGCAGUGCAGUUGAGCGGGCGUGCCCCUCACCUCCAGCCCCUCCAGAGUAGAUGGCGCGACACCCCACGUUUCUUUGCUGACCUCUCCUGCCCGCUGGCGCUGCGCCUCUUCCCCGCCCACUUCCUUCAUGCUGGGCAGUGAAGUUGAUGUAGAAGAAAAAGGAGUGUGUUUUAUUUUGGGCUCAACUGCGCCCCUUUUUAAGAUUAACUGCUGAAGUACUGAUCGAGUUCUGCAUUUCUUCAAUGAGGAACUACAGGCUGAUCUUCUGCCAUAAUCUCAAACAGCCAUAAAUGACAAAAGAAUGCUUGCUCAGUGAGGGUAGCUGGUGCAGAAGCCAUUUUUUAAACUUAGGUAUUUAAGUACUGAAAGAAAAGACAGCUUUGAUUUCUGGCUGCAAAAAAGAUAUGAGGAAGAGCUCCUCCCCUUCCUUGAGUAACUGCAACUCCGUUCUUGCUAACAAAAUAUUUGGAAUUCCACUUGAUGAGCUGCAGCAGGGAGGACAUCCAGACAAUGAGGUUCCAUUCAUAGUCCGCCACGUUGUGGACUAUAUUGAGGAACAUGGAGGUCUGGAGCAACAAGGACUUUUUCAAGUCAAUGGAAAUGCUGAGACAGUGGAGUGGCUUCGGCAGAGAUACGACAGCGGAGAAGAGGUGGAUUUGGUUAAGGAAGCAGAUGUUCCCUCAGCUAUUAGCCUUCUUAGAUUUUUUCUUCAAGAACUUCCUGAACCUGUUAUCCCUGGCAGUUUACAUAUUCACUUGAUGCAGCUUUCUCAAGAUUAUAAUAAUGAAGAUGAAUUUGGAAGAAAGUUGAGGUUCCUCUUGCAACAGCUUCCACCUGUUAAUUAUAGUUUGUUAAAGUUUCUGUGUAGAUUUUUAGCCAAUGUAGCAUCACAUCAUGAAGAAAUUUGGUCUGCAAAUUCUUUGGCUGCUGUCUUUGGUCCAGAUGUCUUCCACAUUUACACAGAUGUGGAAGAUAUGAAAGAGCAAGAAAUAGUGAGCAGGAUAAUGGCUGGACUUCUGGAAAACUACUAUGAGUUUUUUGAGAAUGAAGAGGAAGAUUUUUCAUCUAAUGAUUUGAGUUCAAUUACUGAACAGGUUAAUGAACUUUCUGAGGAAGAAGAGGAAGAUGAAAAGCUGGAACAUAUUGAAGAACUUCCAGAAGAGGGUGCAGAAAAAUCAAAUGACAUGCCAGAGGUGGUACAAUUAAGGAUGACUGAAAACAUCCUGGAAUCAAAUAGUGUUACGGCAACAACAAGCACCCAUAUAUCUCCCAUCAGCAUCCUACCAGCCUCUACAGAUAUUUUAGAAAGAACAAUUAGAGCAGCUGUGGAACAGCACCUUUUUGAUCUUCAGAACAGCAUAGAUCAUGAUCUUAAGAAUUUACAACAGCAAAGUGUGGUGUGUAAUAAUGAAGCAGAAAGUAUUCAUUGUGAUGGGGAAGGAUCUAAUAACCAGAUUGAUAUUGCUGAUGAUAUUAUUAAUGCCAGUGAAAGUAACAGAGACUGUUCAAAACCUGUGGCUAGCACUAAUUUAGACAAUGAAGCUAUGCAGCAAGAUUGUGUAUUUGAGAAUGAAGAAAAUACCCAGUCUGUAGGUAUAUUGUUAGAGCCAUGCAGUGACCAUGGUGAUAGUGAAGAUGGCUGUCUUGAGAGGGAAGAAUAUUUGUUAUUUGACAGUGAUAAAUUGUCACACUUGAUUCUGGAUUCUAGUAGCAAGAUAUGUGAUUUGAAUGCCAACACUGAAUCAGAAGUACCAGGAGGUCAGAGUGUUGGUGUUCAAGGGGAAGCAGCAUGUGUCAGUAUUCCACAUUUAGAUCUGAAGAAUGUUUCUGAUGGUGAUAAAUGGGAAGAGCCAUUUCCUGCUUUUAAGUCUUGGCAGGAGGACUCUGAGUCUGGAGAAGCUCAGCUGUCUCCACAAGCUGGAAGAAUGAAUCAUCACCCCUUGGAAGAGGACUGUCCUCCAGUAUUAUCACACCGCAGUUUAGAUUUUGGUCAAAGCCAGCGUUUCCUACAUGAUCCAGAAAAGUUGGAUUCCUCAUCUAAAGCACUGUCUUUUACCAGAAUUCGAAGAUCAUCCUUUAGUUCAAAAGAUGAAAAGAGAGAGGACAGAACACCUUAUCAGCUGGUCAAGAAACUUCAGAAGAAAAUCAGACAAUUUGAGGAACAGUUUGAAAGGGAAAGAAAUAGCAAGCCCUCCUACAGUGAUAUUGCUGCCAAUCCAAAGGUAUUAAAAUGGAUGACAGAGCUUACAAAACUGCGGAAGCAAAUUAAAGAUGCAAAACACAAAAAUUCUGAUGGAGAAUUUGUACCUCAGACACGUCCACGUAGUAACACACUUCCAAAAAGCUUUGGCUCUUCUCUAGACCAUGAAGAUGAAGAGAAUGGAGAUGAACCCAAGGUCAUUCAGAAGGAGAAAAAACCAUCUAAAGAAGCAACCCUUGAACUUAUUCUUAAAAGACUGAAAGAAAAACGUAUUGAGAGGUGUCUUCCAGAAGAUAUCAAGAAAAUGACCAAAGAUCAUUUGGUAGAAGAGAAAGCUUCUCUUCAGAAAAGUCUUCUUUACUAUGAAAGUCAACAUGGAAGGCCGGUGACCAAGGAAGAAAGGCACAUUGUUAAACCUCUCUAUGAUAGAUACAGGCUUGUAAAACAAAUGCUGACAAGAGCUAGCAUCACUCCUGUCCUUGGAUCUCCAUCCACCAAGCGAAGGGGUCAGAUGUUACAGCCAAUCAUAGAAGGAGAAACUGCACAUUUUUUUGAAGAAAUCAAGGAGGAAGAAGAAGAUGGUGUUAAUCUGUCCUCUGAGUUAGGUGAUAUGUUGAAAACUGCAGUACAGGUACAGUCUUCAUUAGAAAACUCUGAAUCUGAUGUUGAAGAAAAUCAAGAAAAACUGGCUCUGGAUCUCCGAUUGUCAAGUUCUCGAGCAGCUUCUAUGCCUGAAUUAUUGGAACAACUUUGGAAAGCCAGAGCUGAAAAAAAGAAACUACGCAAAACGUUGCGGGAAUUUGAAGAAGCAUUUUAUCAACAAAAUGGAAGGAAUGCCCAGAAAGAGGAUCGUGUUCCAGUGCUUGAGGAGUACAGAGAGUACAAGAAAAUUAAAGCCAAGCUUAGGCUUCUUGAAGUUCUUAUAAGCAAACAAGAUUCUUCAAAAUCCAUAUAAGAUACGUUCCUUGAAAAUUCAUAUCAUAAAGUCAGUUGUAUUCCUUGAAGCUAUCAUCGUGUGUACUUGGCUGGUACUUAAAUUCAUUUUGUCAGGCACUCAGAGAAUCUCAUUUUGUACUUGGUUGUGGUGCCACUAAACAAAACAAAUGAUGGGAGAGUAAGUAGGCCCUCUCAAGGGAGCGUAAGUGAUGUUCCAUAUUAACCACAGACUGUCCUCUCCACCUUUAGCAAACAUAUGGUUUACUUCAUUGUUUUGUACUACAGAUACAUCCUUUUAGCAAAAGACUAGAAUUUUAUCCUUUCAACUUCAAGAACUUUGGAAAUGCAAGCUUUUUGUUAUUACCAACUUUUUGUUUCUCAUUACUGAAGAAAAUUGGAGGAAAAUCUUCAUACUGAAUUCUUCUGUUGCCUUUUUCUUACAGAAUGACUGAAAAUUUGAAAGAAAAGCCUAUAAAAGUGCACAUACGCAACUGUGUUCUCUGUUUUCCUAGAAAACCAAAAUCAAACUGAGAUUUCAAGUCCUACUAUGGAACACCUUUCUGUUUAAUUCCCAAAGUGACACCUUCUCACAGGUAGUAUGUUAGUAAAAUUUUGCAAUUCGCUGGUCACACAACUCCCGGAUGAAGAUAACAGUUGGUAGACCAAAAGGUGACCUCGCUUAGUAUAUUGAAAACACACACCACACAUCACACACAGAACUGAAUCAUACCACAUGCUGCCUAUGGGACUUCAGUUACUGUUUCCUGAGUUACUGUUUAUCCGCUGGCAAUGGUGUGAUUUGUCUGGAUCAGAUCCGCGCUAUUCCCCAACCCACCUCCAGAUAAUGUGAGAAAAUAGCCAUGUCAGUAUGUAGGAACUCUGAUGGUGCUCAGAUUUGUGUGUUCAAUCAAUGGGCUUAAAUCAGCAAAAUAUUAUGCCUAAAGUAAAUCUGUUCUUAACAAGGGCUCUACCACUGCAUUUUCACAUGUACCUUCAGGGGGUUAUCUUUUUUUUUUUCCCCUCCUAUUUUAAUCAGCAAAAUCCAUACCAAAACAACGACAACAAUGCCCUCUUAAGGGACCACCCUUUGGUCAAUCAUCACAUGCUGUUUAAAGCAGCUGUUUACAGGAUGUGUAGUGGUAUGCCCCUUGUCAUAUACUCUUAGUAUAUCUUUUUUUCCUUUGGCUUUGCAUGGCUUUUCUUCAGGUACUGUCUCGGUAUCAUUCUGCUAAUCAUUGUUACAGAAUGGUGACUUCAUUUGUGCUAAUAGUACAACAGCAGAUUUGGGUCAGGCUUAAUCUAAGUGUUAACUUUUUUUUCUGGUGCUUUUUUGGAUUGAUGACUGUCUCACUUUGACUAUACCCAUGUUUUGCAUGCAAUGACUCAUGCAUGGUUUUCUUAACUAGCUAAUAUUAACAAUUUGUUCCAUAUAAAAAUGGAAUUUUGCAACAUCCUUUAAUAAGGUGAGGGAAGCAUGAACCUCAGACUUCUGGCACUAUUACAUAGUAAGCACAUGAAGUAGUUUGAUAAUAAAUAGCAGUUCUAGUACUUCACAUUUCACCCGUGUGUGCAAUGCCUUUUUCUGGGGGGUGGGGGGUGAGGGAAAACCUGGUAGUGAAUGUGUAGUUGGGGAAUAAAGAAAAGCACUAAAUCCUGCCCUUUUUGUGUGGUUUCCUUUUGAUACAACUAGGUUAUUCAUAAUGUAUACCUAGAAAAGUGAAAUUGAAAAUACCAAAAGAUGUAUCAUUUUUAUUUGAAUCCAUCAUGCAGUGUACAUUUCAGAUAAUUUCCUUCAGUCUCCAGAUAGGAGUGUAUCCAAACUUCUAAUUUUAUGUGCACUGUGUAUCUUAUAUGAAUGUUUUAUUUUAUAUACCACAUGCAAAAAUGUCCAUAUGCACUAUUUAAAUGUUUUAAAUAAUAUAUUCCUUCUUUAUAAUGCUAAAUCUAUAUGAGUACCAUAUUUUUAUAAGUCAGUGGCCUGACUGGUUUCAUUUUAGAAUUAACAGCUGCUUCAAUAUGUUAUUCAAUGUUAAUGUUUGGCUGUGAGUAGAAUAUGUAAAAGUGGCAUGGCAGCACUUAUGCUCUGUGACAGUAUUGUGUGUCAUAGUUGAGCAGUAGCUGGUAGAAUUAGGCAGUUGGUGAUAGUUUUACUUUGGUACAAAUAAAAACUGUAUAUCUAUAUACAAAUAAUAUAUAGAUAUAUAUGUCCACCAGUAUAAUGGCAUUGCUGUGUCUGGCACUUCAUUGUACAGACUUUUAUAAUAAAAGAACUUGAAAGUUCUAA